AUGUUAACUAUUCGAAAAAUAUCAUUUGUUCAGCGUUCAAUAUCAAUUGGAAUUAAUGCUCGUCGUUUUCGAUCAACUCGUCAAACAAAUGAAGAUGAAAAUGAUUUACCUCAUCCUCCAAUUGUUGCUUUUCCAUCAAUAGAAAAUCAUUUUCAUAUGGAUUUAGAAACAGAAGAUCCAUCAAUACCAAUUCAUGAAACAGCUCGUUGUUUUGGUUGUGGAGCUUCACUUCAAUGUGCUGAUAAAACUAAACCAAGUUUUAUACCAGUUGAAAUAUAUAAACAUUAUCUUUUAACAAAUUUACCAAAACGAACAAGUCAAUGUCAAAGAUGUUUUCUUUAUAAAUAUACAAAUGAUAUAUCACAUUGUGAGGUUAAUGAACAAGUUUAUAAAGAUAUUUUAACAGAAAUAAAACGAAAAUGUGCUUUAAUUAUAUUAAUUGUUGACCUUCUUGAUAUAUCAAAUUCAAUUAGUGGAUCAUAG